UCGCCAAAACAAAGGUCAGACUCUGCAACGUGAGAGACUGCACUGGCUGUAAAAAUCUUCAUCUUUGUAAAUUUUAUCUACAUGGACAAUGUACAUGGGGAAGACGCUGUGGUUACGGGCACAUAUAAAGUCGGAACACAACGCAAAGUUCUCUCAGAACAUCAACUACAGAAGCUUAGCAAGGCAGAGAUCAGACAGUUACUUUUGCAGAAUGACAGCCCACAUUCCCUGCUUCCACCGCUUUGUAGCAGAUACAACCAUGGUGAGGGUGACUAUGGCCGAUGUGAUGACAAGGAUAACUGCACGAGGCUUCACAUCUGCGAGGGCUACAUCCAAGGCACCUGCGACUCCGGCGACUGCGGCCGGUCACAUGACUUCUUCGAGCCCCACCCGAUGAGGACCCUGCGGGGGAGGGGUGUGCCCAGCGGAAUGGUGGGAUCCAUGCUCUCCGUCUACCGGAACAUCUUGGUGCUCAGGGGCACUCUGAAGUCCAAUGCUGGGGCCAAGAACAGAAGUGGCAGAAGGGGUAAAAGAGGAGGCGCCACCACUAGCAGUGGUGUGGCUAAAGACGAAAGCAGUCCAGCACGGCCAGUGAUAAGUGAAAUCUGCCUGUUCUUCAUCAGAGCUGAUUGCAAACAAGGCAACAGGUGUUGGAGAGUACACUCCAAAAUGCCCUACCAGUGGCAAUUUAAGGCUGGAGAAACCUGGAACGACUUUCCGAUCAGUGAAGACAUCGAGAGGGACUUUUGUAACCCAAGCUGCGCUAGCUUCAUCGCUUUGAGGUCCAGCCUCAUGAUGUGUUGUAUGGAUUUAAACCAGUGUGUGGGGGCUAUCUAA